AUGGAGGCCUUCAAGAAACAAGCGUUUUGUCGACGGAUCUUAACUUGCCUUGGUCGUAUCAACCGCUCUAAGAUGCAUCAGGCUGAUUUGGAAUCGACACUUUCAGAGAUCAAUCGUUUGAUUACGCAGCUGGAGAAGUACGAGUCGGGGCCUUGCUUUAAGCGCGAAAAGCUAGAUAAGAACCAGUAUCGAGUGGCUGGCAGUGUCUUUGAAGUGGUGGAUGGCAAAGUACGCGUAAUAAGUACUGACCUAAUUGGCCUGGAAGCUUACCUAAACUUAGAGACAACUACGUUGCCCGAUGACCCUCUGGAUUAUCUGGAGCGGGUCCACCAGAACAAUCUUUGUUUCAACUGUUUAAGACGCUGCUCGCCUUGUGACCUAACUGUACCUUUUGUGGAAGUGCCGGCGGGAAACAAGACUGUGUUCUAUCAUAUUCAGUGCUUUGAAGAAGUAAAACGCCGCGAGCUUUGUUGA